UCACUCGUCACAGGCGCGCGGGGGAAUCCGGCACACGUUCAGUUGGCUUUGCGCGAGACUCAUGUCCGGUCCGAGUGUGCGCUUGCGCUCGGUCUCUACAAACAGCACGAACUGUCCGGAGAAAGUAUCGAACAGCUGAAACGGAAUGAAUACAUUAUUAUUUUAGGAUAGCUUGGGAAUAUUUGAGAAUCGAAAGGUUUGUUCAGCUAUGGCGUUGCGCGUGUCGGUGCCGGUUCUGUGUGUCGUCAUGGUGAUGCUCUCCGAGGGACGCAGCGUGCGAGUCGUCAGCGGAAAGACAGUUUGCAUGGGCGGGCGAGAGCAGCCCUGCUACAAGAUCGCCUACUUCCGUGACGUGUUGAGCCGCAUUGCAUUCUGGGAAGCCCAGCAGGCCUGCGAGAUGGACGGAGGAUCCUUGCUGAGCAUCGAAAGCGCCGCAGAGCAGAGAAACAUAGAACAUCUACUACAGGAACUUCGGACCGGGGCAUCUGGUAGCUCCGGGUCGGGUGGGGGAAUAGCUGACGGAGAUUUCUGGAUUGGGUUGACGCGGGCAGAGCCUGAGGAGCAGAACCUUCCAGAACAGACCAACAGCUUCCCUCCCUGUCCAGACCUGUACUCCUGGACGGACGGCAGCGUCUCCAGCUUCAGGAACUGGUAUUUUGACGAGCCUUCUUGUGGAGGCGAGGCCUGUGUCGUCAUGUAUCAUCAGCCCACGGCACUUCCUGGUCUGGGCGGGGCUUAUAUCUACCAAUGGAACGACGACCGCUGCAACAUGAAGCACAACUUUAUCUGCAAAUAUGAUCCAGAGAGCCACCUGGUGAAGGAACAUAGCGACCAACCAGUAGUACACGAGAAAGAGCCCACGUUUGAGACAGAGCCAAACAGACAGCCCGGCGGGACAGAGGAGAGCUCCACCCAUGUCGUCAUGGCUGGCAGCUCAGGUAUGCUGCUGGUGUAUGUCAUCAUACCCACGAUCCCCCUGAUUCUGCUCAUCCUGGUGGCUUCUGGGACUUGCUGUUUUCAAAUGUUCAGCAGAAGCAAGCCACAGACAAAGACCAGCAUCAACAAAUCGACUCUCUGGAUCUCCAAGGGCCCAAAGGUGGAGAGCAUGGAGGUUUAGAGGAACCGCAGUGACAACACAACGAUGUCACGCUAUUCCAUGGAACUGCUGCGCUGGAAGAUGACAUACUGCAACCCAUCACAAACCACAACCACCACCAUCACAAUCAUCAUCAUCAUCAUCAUCAUCAUCAUCAUCAUCAUCACCACCAUUUACUUUGGAAGAGAAGGACGUGGAUAGGGGCGGAACUGACGGGGAGGAUGACAUCAUCGAGUUUUCCAUUAUGACAUCACUGCCCUCUCCUAACCUGACAAACAUCUCAGCACCUUUUGAGUAAUUUAAGUGAUUUCUUAUUUGAUUGUGUGUUGCGGUGUGAGCUCGAACUGCACACACACACACACACACACACACACACACACACACACACACACACACACACACACACACACACACACGCACACGCACACGCACACACACACAGACGUGUACAUGCCCGCACAUAAGCAUGCAUGCACGCACAAACGCAUACACACAUGCAUACAUGUACAUCUACACGCACGUACACACACACACACACACACAUAAGCAUGCGAAAGCUGAAGAAACAAACGCGAUCCCUUUGUGUCUAUGACGGCUCCAGUUGUUAAGUCUAAUAACUCUAAUUGGCAUUCAACUGUAGAGUAAAUUAGGCCUUUGAUUGGAAGCUGCACCACAUCAAAUCAAGCGGUCCCGUUGGGGCAGGAAGCAGUCAAAGGCACCACAGGAAAUAUUGGCUCUUCAGCGAUCGGAAUCUUUACCUCUCCCGCACUGCUGUGGCCUCCCGGGCACAGGAGAGGGCAGGCAGGAAUCGGAAAUGAGAUGUAGAAACUAAGAACUGCGUUGAGGAAAGAGGAAGAAAUUAGCAAGUGUAGGUUUUGAGUUUCUUCUAAUUGAUCUUAUGUAUGGAUAAGUUGACUCAAUGUAGUGACCCAUAUGCUUUGUUUAGAUUCCGUAGCCAUGGCGAUUCAGAGAUGUGAGCUAAGGAGAGGACUGUGAUGUCAUAAGGAGAACAAGUUUGGUAACCGGUCUCCCUCCCAGGUCAAACUGUUCUCACGCCACCACCACCACCCCUCUUUCUAUGCUCCUAAAUCAGAAUGCUGCAAUCUCCCAGGGCCCCUGAACGCACCACCUUUAGACAGUCCUCCUGAGAAUGGAGCAGACUUCACACCACUCCCUGACAAACUAGUGUGAUAUCUAUACAUAGAGUUAUGUAUGUGUGUGAUUAGGGCAGUCAGGGCGUUCAACUCACAGGCCAAAGGGUUCUGGGUUCGAUCCCCAAAUGUCGUUAGCUUACUUGUCCACAUCCUAGAAAAACAUGCCUGACCGCUAUACCUGCUCCUAAACAACCUGAAUCUCUGAACUGUAUGUUGCUCGGGAUACACAAGUCUUUUGAAUAACUUAGUAUUUACCUGCUUUAUAUAUUUUUAUAUUUUAUAUAUUUUAUUGUCUAUGAAGCUCGACCCUAGAGUGUGGUAACCGACCUUAAUGAUCAGGGGAGAACAAGGUCUCUGGACUUACUGUUGAGUAAAAAUUGUUGGAUAAUGCGUGUACACAUCCUAUGUGUUGACAAGAAUCUGGAUGCAAUCGGACACGUGCACAGAGUUGUAGGUGUGUGUGUACAUGUUCUGAUGUUCUGCAGCAAGUCGUUUUGUAUGUGUGUGAGCAUAUUUUUUCAAUGUGUGUGUCUACUGUCUAUAUUGUUGGUUUGUUUGAGUGUGUCUGCGGAUGUGUGUGUGUGUGUGUGUGUGUGUGUGUGUGUGUGUGCGUGUGUGUGUGUGUGUGUGUGUGUGUGUGUGUGUGUGUGUGUGUGUGUGUGUGUGUGUGUGUGUGUGUGUGUGUGUGUGUGUGUGUGUGUGUGUGUGUGUGUGUGUUAUGUAUGUAAAAAGGGUACCUAUUUGUACCCUUAAAGUGGCAGUUAUUCUUUAGCAUGUGAUACUUAAUGGAAGAGGUAAUCAAACCACAAUGAUGAACUCAUUAAUAAA